AUGACAGCGUUUGAAGAUCUCCAGCUGCGCCGUGGAGCUCGAAAUGACCUGCUGGCGCUGCUCUCCGCCAGCCACCACGGUGCCCAUGGAGGUCUUGAAGCACGUCGGGAGCCUGCCGGGGUGACAGCGGUGUCGGGCUGGGACGGGAGGGAGAUCGGAAGAGCGUCGCAGGUGACAGCGGUGUCGGGCUGGGACGGGAGGGCACUUCCACACGAGCCCCCACCCCGCCCCGGCAUUGGGGCGGGACAGCCCGUGGCAGCGCGGCGGGGCCGCGGGGGCUCUGCGGGCAGCGUGCUGGGGCUGAGCCGCUCGGCGCUGCCGCUGCCGGCGCUCUGGUGGUGGUACCUGUUCCUGAGCGCCGACGCCCAGGAGGUGGCCACGUUCACCGUGCAGUACCGCGUGCUGGAGGAGGUGCCCCCGGGCACCGUCAUAGGGAGCCUGGCCGAGCACUUCGAGGGUGCUGAGAGCGGCGAGGCGGCCGAGACCUUCCAGCUGAUGGAGACCCCCGGGAGGUUCCCUCUGCACGUGGGCGGCGGGGACGGGGUGCUCAGCACGGCCGGGAGGGUGGACAGGGAGCAGCUGUGCCGCCACAGUGAUCCCUGCUGGGUGUCCUUCGACGUGCUGGCCGCCCAGAGCCCGGCCCUGAUCCACGUGGAGGUUCAGGUGAUGGACGUCAACGACAACGCGCCGCGCUUCCCCACGGCCGAGCUGGAGCUGGAGAUCUCGGAGAGCGCGUCCCUGCGCACGCGGAUCCCGCUGGACCGAGCCCUGGACGCUGACGCCGGCCCCAACGCCCGCUGCUCCUACGCCCUCUCCCCCAGCCAGCACUUUGCUCUGGAGGUGGUCUCCGGCUCCGAUGGGACGAGGCACGCCGAGCUCGUCGUGGUGAAGGAGGUGGACAGGGAGCUGCACUCCUCCUUCCACCUGGUGCUGACGGCCACCGAUCACGGGGAGCCGCCGAAAUCGGGGACCGCUUUGAUUAAAGUCGUCGUCCUGGACUCCAACGACAACAGCCCCGUGUUCGCGGAGAGCUCCCUGACGGUGGAGGUUCGGGAGGACGCCCAGCCCGGCACCCUCCUGGUGACGGUGACGGCCACGGACCCCGACCAGGGUCCCAACGGGGAGAUCGAGUACAGCCUGAGCAGGCACGCGCCCCCCGAGGUGCUGCGCACCUUCAGCAUCGACGCGCGCACGGGCAGCGUGCUCCUGAGGCUGCCUCUGGACUACGAGGAGACCCACGCCUACCAGCUGGACGUGCAGGCGCGGGACCUGGGCGCCAACCCCAUCCCCGCGCACUGCAAGGUCCUGGUCAAGGUCCUGGACGUCAACGACAACGCUCCCGACGUCCGCGUCACCUGGGCCGCGCGCGUGCCCGUGCUGUCCGAGGCCCUCCCCAAGGACAGCUUCGUGGCCCUGGUGACAGCCAGCGACCCCGACUCGGGGAGCAACGGGCAGGUGCUCUGCUCCCUCAGCCAGGGCCACGAGCACUUCAGGCUGAAGAGAACCAACAGCCACAGCUUCGCGCUGCUGACCAACGCCGCGCUGGACCGCGAGCGGCGCGCCGAGUACAACCUGACGCUGGUGGUGCGGGACAUGGGGGAGCUGUCGCUGGCCGUGCUGAAACACCUCACCAUCUGCAUCAGUGAUGUCAACGACAACGCCCCUGCCUUCGAGAAGGCCGCCUACGAGGCUGCUGUGGCUGAGAACAGCGACGCUCCUGCCUUCCUGCUCACCGUCCGUGCCACCGACCCCGACCUGGGCUUCAACGGCAAGGUCACCUACAGGAUGCUGGACCCCUCAGCUCUGGGGCUGGUCUCGGUCGACCCCAUCUCUGGGGAUGUUUUUGCCCUCCAAGCUUUUGAUUACGAGCAGGUGAGGAGCCUGGAGUUCCUGGUGACAGCGGAGGAUGGAGGCCAUCCCAAGCUGGCAUCCAACAUCUCCGUCAGGCUGGCUGUGCUCGACCGGAAUGACAACGCACCCGUCAUCACCUGGCCAGCGCUGUUGGGAGGGGUGGCCACGCUCUCUGUGCUGGUCAAUGUGGACACUGGGUGCUGCUGGGUGGUCCCUGGGAAUGGGAGCACCCAGGGGGCUGCAGCAGUGACCAAUUCCACUCUCGUGUCGUGCCCCGGCAGCCCCCUCCUGUUCACCAUCGUGGCCAGGGAUGUGGACUCCGGCACCAACGGGGCUCUCCGCUAUGAUCUGGUGGGUGGGGACGGAGCCGGGCUCUUCACCCUGGACCCCCUCCUGGGGCAGGUGUCCCUCAACGCCAGCAAUGCCAGCAGCCUGGCGGGCAGCCAGCGGGAGCUGCUGGUGCGGGUGAGUGACCAGGGGGACACCCCCCUGCACACCCUGGCCCGGCUCCGUUUGCUUUUCCGGCGGCACGGGUCCUUCUCCAAGAUGUCAGCGCGGGAUCCCGGCUGGCCCAGCCUGCCCGUGGUGCUGCUGAUCUGCCUGGCCGCUCUGCUGGGCGGGUGCCUGCUGCUGCUGGCGCUGACCCUGUCCCUGCGCAAGAAGGACAAGAAGGACGGCAUGGCUUACAACUGCCGGGAGGCAGAGGACGCCCGCAGGCAGCAGCAGCUCAAGAAGCCGCACAGGCAGAUCCAGAAGGCCGAUAUCCACCUGGUCCCUCUGCUGCGGGGACGCCCCCGGGAGCCUGAGCCCCCCCAGCCCUGCCAGGAGGAGCAGCCUGGCGCACCUGCACCCCCACAGGCUCCCCUCCACCUCACACCCACUCUCUACAGGACCCUGAGGAAUCAGAGGACACAGAAAGGCUCCGAGGAGCAGCAGGGCACCUUGGAGCUGCCCCUCCUGCAGCGCCGGCCGUGCCAGCCCCACCGACCCAAACAGCCGGGGAAGGAGGCUGUGACCCCCCCCGAGGCGCCGCUGCACGGCAAGAGCUUGGUGAAGCCACCCGUGGGAGAGCCCCCGGUGCCACCCGAGCCAGCCCUGGGUGCAGGGGGAGCGGGGCAGCCCCAGCCCCACCAGCAGAUCCUCAGGAGCCUGGUGCGGCUGUCGCUGGUGGCCCUGGCGGAGCAGAGCCUCACCGGCGAGUUCGCCAUGGAGUCGCCCCCAGUGCAGCAAAUCUCCCAGCUGCUCUCCCUGCUGCACCAGGGCCAGUUCCAGCCCAAAACAAACUACAGAGGAAACAAGUACACUGCCAAGAACGGCAGCAGGGCUGCAGGGCUGGACACGGGGCUGGACACGGGGCUGGACACGGGGCUGGACACAGACUGCCUGAGCACCAAGGACAGCGGGCACGGCGAGAGCGAGGCCGGCGACCGCGACUGCGACAGCGCCUUCGAGCUCUCGGUGCAGCAGCUGGUGGGAGAGGAGCUGGAGACCCUCCUGGAGCCACAGGCAGAGCUGGCCCUCAAGAGGCUGACAGCUGCAGACCCAGAGUGGGUGGCCCGGCUGUCCCUGCCCCUGACCAGCAGCUACAAGGACAACAUCUUCUCCCCGGACUCACCCUGCUCCCCCGAGGACGAGGAGGCUGCGAGGCAGGAGAAACCCAGGACCUUUGAGACCUUUGGCAAAGGUGCUGAGGCUGGCCCUGGUGGCUCUGGGACGAGGCUGGCCAGCACCUUUCUGUCCGAGAUGAGCAGCCUGUUUGAGAUGAUCCUGUCCCAGAAGGUGCAGGGGCACGGCGAGGCAGGGCUGCUGCGGCAGCUCUCGGCCCGCGGGCACAGCCUGGGGCUGGGGGAUGCUGCUCCAGGGCUGUAGCAGGGAGAGAACAGCCAGAGGUUUGAGGUGCCCAAACUCCCCCCAGCCCCAGCAGGGUCCCUGCAUAACCCAUGCCCAGACAGGUGUUUCAGCUUUAGUUGCCCUCCACUGCCUGGCCUUGCCUUCCUCCUCUCCCAGCCAGCAGCAGGAGAGCCCUUUCCUCCCAGGACAGGCCAGGCAAGGGGGUUGUGAGAACAAGCACAGCACAGUGAGAUACAUCCAUGUGAUCACAGACUGUGAAAAUACCUGUCAUGGACAUGGCUGCAGCUGGGCUCCAGGGCUUCAGUUAUUUAAAUAAAACCUUUUUUUUCUAACACUACCCUCUCUGUCAGCACUGUAGCUGACACAGUGUAUGUGCAGAAAGCCUGAAGUGGCAGCUGGGGAAGGGGAGAUGUGCCUGGUGUCUCUCACGGGUCCUUCCAGCUUCUGCGGUUCUGCCACUGGGAACUUGGCACUUUGUAAAAACCCCCAGAUCAGCACUGGCAUCUCUCCUAUGGCUGCUCCAAGUGCCCACAGCUUCCUUCUCCACAAGGACUGGAUGUGGCACUCUGCUCUGGGCUGGGAGACAAGGUGGGCAUCAAUCACGGGUUGGACUUGAUGAUCUCAGAGGUCUUUUCCAACCUUAACGAUUCCAUUCUAGUCUGUUCUCUCCUUUGAGGCCAUUGGAUUUUGGAGCACAGUUCUUAUCCAAAAGCAGACACCAGAUGGCUGGAGUCUGCCAAAGGUAACCUGGGAAAAGGGAAGUGUGAAAACACUGUUUUGAAAUAUUCAGUCACAAGCUUCACCCUUUUUAUGGGUUUUCACUUUGAUCUGUCUGUCUGGGAGCUGUAAGACAGUUUUGGGAUAAUAGCACGGGUGGGAAAACCACAAUAUUGGUGACAAAGGAAGAAGCACACAGGUGUUUGUGCCUCUGCACUGCUGGAGGAGGGAAGGGCAGGGACCCCAUGGGCUCAUGCAGCAGUGUGGGGAUGGCAGGGAAGGGCUUCUGGGCCCUCCUGGGCCAUCUCAGUUCUUCCCCAUGGAGCUGGAGGUGACAGCUCCCAGCUUUAGGUGUGCACACACCCGAGC